AAUAAACAUAAAAAUUUGUUUUCUUAAAGUAAAUAGUUUAACUAUUAAAAGCAUGUCUGACGCUCCAACAAACAGUUCAGGUAGUAACAUAGGGUUCAAGGUGGAUCUAAAACCCGACUUUGGAUUUUUACGCUCUCCAGCAGGAAUUUUAACAUGUGUAAACAUAAUUUUACUUUUUCUUGCCUGGGUGAUAAUGGCUGGCUGGAAAGAUAAUACAUUAUGGUCACCUUGGAUAAUUUCGCAAGUUUCUUACUUUUUGUUUAUGACUGUUACAACUUGGCUGGUACUCAGCAUUUUCCUUGUUUUAUUCAUUUUAAAGAUUCACACUAAAAUCCUUAUUAAUUGGCCGCUUACUCUUUGUAUAUUCUGCAUGACAACUAGCAUUUUACUUAUUAUAUCUUCCAUUGUAAGCGCUAACGAGGCACGAAAAUGGAGAAUUUAUGCUAAUGGGGGUGUCAAUGGACUUGCUGCAGCUGCGGCCUUCGGAUUCUUUGCAAGUUUUGGUUUGGCGAUUCAAGCAAUGUUCAAUUUCAAAGAAUAUAGAAAUCCUGUUUGAUCAAAAGGAGUCACAUUAACGAAGUUCUUACUAUAUGCCAUAUUUUAGAAUCUUGAUAGCAAAUAAAAUAUUCUUUGUGUUUUUUUAGUAAAUUUCGGUUUCUUUAAAUGAUAAAAAUUUCUUAACUUUUA